AGAAGUAGAGUUUUGUUAUCUUCUAACUGGCGUGUAAUACCAACAACCACACCAGGCAUCGCAAAAUAAGGAAAUAGCGGGCAGCUUAAAGUAGGAUAUCAAUAAUUUAUACUGAACUGACUGUCUGAAGGUGUACGUUAGGCGACUUUAUCUAUCGCCGUGUGAAAAAGACAGCGGGAGGAGCUAAAACUUAAGAGGACAGAGAUGAGUCGUGGUCCCACUCUUCAACCUCAGAUUUAUGGGGUUUGGGAACUGAAGGAACGUUUGGGUACUGGAGGGUUCGGCAAUGUCACACGCUGGCAAAAUAAGGAGACAGAGGAGCAGAUAGCCAUCAAGCAGUGCCGUCAGGAAUUGAGUAGUAAGAAUAAGGAACGAAGUUCUGAGUGUCUGGAGAUUCAGAUCAUGAAGAGGUUGAACCAUCAGAAUGUGGUGGCAGCCAGGGAUGUUCCUGAGGCUCUGCAGAAAUUAGCCACCAAUGACCUGCCCUUACUCGCCAUGGAGUACUGUCAAGGAGGAGACCUCCGCAAGUACUUGAACCUUCUGGAUAACUGCUGUGGGAUGAGGGAGGGCUCCAUCCUCAUUCUACUAAGAGACAUAUCCUCUGCUCUGAUGUACCUCCACAACAUGAGAAUUAUCCACCGAGAUUUGAAGCCCGAGAACAUUGUCCUCCAGCAGGGAGAGAAGAGACUGAUCCAUAAGAUCAUCGACCUUGGCUAUGCUAAAGAGCUCGACCAGAGCAGCCUCUGCACAUCUUUCGUUGGAACCCUACAGUACCUGGCUCCAGAGCUGCUGGAGCAGAAGUCUUACACAGUCACAGUGGACUACUGGAGCUUUGGGACGUUGGUGUUUGAGUGCAUCACAGGAUUCCGCCCUUUCCUGCCUACUUGGCAGCCUGUGCCUUGGCACUCUAAGCUGCAGAAGAAGCAUGAGGAUGAUAUUGUGGUGUUUGAGGAUCUUCAGGGAGAUGUGCACUUCUCCAAACACCUGCCACAGCCCAACAACGUCAACAAGUUCCUAGCGCAGUAGCUAGAGUGCUGGCUGCAGCUGAUGCUGAGGUGGGAGGCCUGAGGCCAGGGGCCGGGAGAUCCACACCAAGGCAGCACCUACUGCUUCAAUCAGCUGGAUCUUUAUCCUAUAGAGCUCAAAGGAGUAGCUCAAGUUGUGUCAUGCCUUAACCCCAAGACGGCGACUCCACUCCCAGAGCCCAGUGAGAUGGUGUCAUCCCUGCAGCAGAGGAUCUACAGGGACACCAGGAUCCACCCAGACAACCAGGAGCUGCUGCUGGAGGCCGGUCUGGCCCUGGAGCCUCACAACGAGACCGCGCAGUGCGCCGUGGACUACAGCACGAUAGAUGGCUCGAGGAGUGAGGUGCCCUUGGUGUUUCUCUUUGACCGGUCCAACUGCAACUAUGCACCUCAAUUCAGCCCUCGACAAUUACCUGACAACAUACGCCUCGUGCAAAAAGAGCCGAAGCGGGUGCUGCAGUUUGUCCCUCUGAGGAGAACGUAUGGUCAAGCCUGGCACACCAUUCGCACCCUCAAGGAGGACUGGCAAAGACUGCAGCAGGGACAGAAAGCUGCCAUGUAUGUGCCACACACACACACACACACACAAUCCAAACAGAAGAAUGAGAUGGUGUCCAUGCACCAGCGGCUGAGGGCCACUCUGGAGUUCUUCAACGCCAGCCUGCACAUAGACAUAGACAAGUACAAGGAGCAGAGGGUCAGCGGCAUAGCUUCAGAAAAACUCCUCUGCGUGUGGAGGGACAUGGAGCAGACAGCACUCAACUGCGGCCAGACUGAGGAAGUAACAAAGCUAGAGGAGGAAAUGAUGGCACUUCAAACAGACAUUGUAGACCUGCAGAGGCAGCCAUGGAGGAGUGGAGAAGCGUUAGAGUCCCUGGAGGUGAAGGCCAUGGAUCUAUUCAGACGACUUAGAGAGAGACCACGAGAUCAGCGUUGCCCUGGCGACUGCCAGGAGGUGGUGAAGCUGGUCGUUCAGGCCAUACAGUUCUACGAGAAGAAACUCAGAGACUUCUACUCACACCUGAGUAAGACGGUGCUGUGUAGGCAGCGUGUGAUGGAGUUGUUGCCGCGGGUGGAGGGGGUGGUGCAGCACAUGGCCCAGUGUGAGCAAGAGCUGCUCCAACUGCAGGAGAAGAGACAGAGGGAGCUGUGGGAACUACUCAAGGUGGCCUGUAGUAAAGUGCACAUUCCUGGUGGUAGUCCUUAUGGAGCUCGGACACCCUUGGCCCCCCCUCUACUCCCACACAGACCCCCCCUCCCCAGCAGCCUCACCACGCUACCCCAGCCUGAGGAGUCUCUUGUCAUGAUUGAGGAGAGCAGGACCUUUGAGAGUCGCCUGCAGAGUCUGUUGCAGGAGGCCAUUCAGGAAACAGAGCAAGACCUGCAGAUGAUGAGGGAAUGGGAGUGGAUGAAAGAUGACAAUCCCCAUACUCUCUGAUUCAGAUUGUGUGUGUGUGUGUGUGUGUGUGUGUGUGUGU